ACCUUGCGUUUGUAUAUAUAUAUCAGGUAAGCCAGUGAUAUCCACCGCUCAAUCUACCAGACGCAUUAAACUGCUAAGGAGAGACAAUUGUGCAGUCAUCUCAUCAUGAGGAACGUCCUGGCUUUUGCUGUGCUCUUUGCACUUCUUGCCGUCGGAGCAGAGAGCUUCCGCGUGCCCAGGCAGGCUGAGGAGGGCACCGUGGCAACAGUCAUGGACACCCUUAAGUCCUACUAUGACUCGGGCAUUGACAGCGCUUCCGGAUACCUGGACAGCCUCAAGGGCAUGAAGCUGGAGGAGAAAGCCAAGAACUUGUUUUCGGAGACCACCACAGCCGUGAAGACCUAUGCCGGUAUCAUGCAGGACCAGCUGUACCACAUGUUCGGGUCCCAGUAAAUACCUUUUACCUUCAGACCCUCAACACCCAUAGCCCAUUCCUGUUUCAUGAGACUUGACCUCCGAUGCUGCUCGCUGGCUUGCUAGCUUGGCUUGCCUCUUGACAUCCAGAACUUUAUUUGACGACCUCUCUUUCAGCACACCCAUUUUCAACAAACUCAACAAACUCUCACUGUGACGGCAAACUUUCCACAAACUAUUGAUAAACUUUUGACUUGAAACUCACACAGGACACACUGACACAGCUAAAGCACCAUUGAAGUAAAUCCACAGCUCCACCCUGUGGUGAGCUGGUCUAUAGACCAUUAGCCACUUUAUCAUAUGAACUAUCCACUCACAACUUGCAAUAAAAAAAUGUGUUUGUUUAAAAAAAAAA